AAUUAUAAAAAAGCCAUAAACGAAGUUAUUGUAACUAAUAGUUGGUUGGGAUUUACACAUUAUUUUUUACAGCAAAAUGGUGAAAAUCUGGAAUUUGGGUCUGAUGAGCUACGACACGGCCCUAAAGAUUCAAAGGGCUAUAGUUCGUAAACAACUGGAGUCCAUGAUGAAUGGCAAAGGCAGUGAUUGGGAUACUCUCCUAUUACUGGAGCACAGGCCUGUGUACACUGUGGGAAACAGAGAUCAGACAUCUAAAGAAGAAGUACAGAGACUGACUUCCUUGGGAGCAGCAUUUAGGAAAACAGACAGAGGUGGUCUGAUUACUUUCCAUGGCCCUGGCCAGCUUAUAGCCUACCCAAUCAUUAACCUGAAACACUUCAAGCCUAGUGUAAAGUGGUAUGUCACCAACUUGGAGGAGACAGUCAUAAAUGUUUGUUCCGAAUUAGGGCUAACAGGAAAAAGGUCGCCGUACACCGGUGUGUGGAUCAACGACAACAAGGUGGCCGCGAUCGGCGUGCACGCCUCGCGGUACGUCACGUCGCACGGCGUCGCCAUCAACUGCGACAAUGACCUGUCGUGGUUCGACCCCAUCGACCCCUGCGGCAUCGAGGACAACGGUGUCACCUCCUUGUCUAAAGAAACCGGCCUGCCUUGCUCUAUAGAAAAAAUUACCCCCAUGUUUAUACGGAGUUUUGAUAAGGUGUUCGACUGUAAAAGUGAAAAUCUUGAAGUAGACACGCAGACAGAAAUUAUAAAUAGUGUUUACAAUAAGCUGCUUGAUACGCAAUGAGUGCUCGCGAAUGUUAUUUAUUAUUUUUUGGACACUUACAAUAUUUGUGUUU